AUGGCGUCACGUCGUGCCACUGCUGCCCCUGGUGAGCCACAGUACGCUGCAGGGGUGUCGCAGGCGACUCCCGAGUCUUUCAACUUGUCAGAAGAGAAUCAUCGCCUGCUGGAUGCGGAUUUUGAUGCCUUUUUUGACCUUCCUGCGGAUACACUAGAGAGCUUGCUUCAGCCUGUGCGGGAUGAGUUUCGGGAGGUGAUCGAGGUUCCUACUACGCCUGCUCCUGGUUCUGCUCCAACUCCUAUCCCUAUUCCCACUGUUUCUGCUCCUGCUAAGUAUUCACCGGAGGCAUCCGGUACGUGGUCGCAGCCAGAAAAUGCAGCACUGCUGGGUAUGGGUUCUGGCGACCUAUCCGAUUUUCCCAAUUUCUUUACCAAAUUCGUACCAGCUCCGAUUGAUAAUGGAAGAGGAAGAGGAGGAAGUGCAGGGCUCAAUGUGAAAUUCAACUCCAACGGUCUCGACACUACCUUGAGUGAGCCUUUCAACUUUCUCGGCGAAGAUGGAUUCGAUUUCCAGAACAGCGGAUUUCUGCCCGCUGCAAACAACUUGGACAUUCAGGCAUCGCUUCAGCCGGUUCAAGGGCUGCAGUCGAAUGGCGGCGGUGUCAUGACCAACCUCCAUGGCAGUGAACAGAACGCCUACAACGGAUCCUCGACUGCGCCUGAUCCCUAUGGCUUUAUCCAGAAUGGUCAGAAUGGGUUCUCGGUAGGUCCACAGAACUAUGGUGGUGGCCAGAACAUCAGGAACGAGGCCCCGACACUGCCACAGAACUACAAUGUCGGCUAUCAAGUGAAGAAUGAGGUCUCGCCACACGCAAACGACUUCGUCUUUGUUCAGAACGACAGGAACGAUAUUUCGGCACAACCACGAAACAACUUUGACCAGGUUGCGAAUGUGAGCGGAUAUGGCACGCAGGCGGUUCCAUACACUUUCUUGGACAGCGAGCAUGCGUCGCAGGCGACUCCCCACAGCGAGGGAAGCAAUGUAUUCGACUAUGUCCAUGUCGAGGAAGCCGGUCCAGUCAACCCUGUCCGGCCAGGAAACCCACCACCACAUGCAGACAACCUCGGGCAACCAGGUAUGGAUGCUAUUUACCAACAGUUCAUGAACAGUCAGUGUUUCCAGCGGUCUGGACCUGCUCCUACGAUUCCAGCCCCAGCAUCCGUCUCCGCGCCAAGGCGGAAUCCAGCAUCAGCAUCUGUUCCUGCACCAAGGCGAAAUCGAGCUCCAGCAUCCGUUCCCGCAUCAAGGCGAAAUACAGCUUCGGCUCCAGUUUCUGCAUCCGCUGAUUUCCUUCCUACUACUAUGGCUGCUCCUGCUCUUCCUGCUGCCACUGCUUAUACAGUACCUCCACCUGUUGUUGCAACCAACACCUCCACCGGCACCACUGCGCCUCCUGUACCCGCACCCAUGUUGAGCAAUGCCAACAAUGUACUGCUAACGGCACAAACCUACAUCCCACUCAUCAACGACCGCAUUCUCCCCCUUAAUCCAAACGGACCCAGACCGAUAUAUCCCGCAUUUAGCAACCACUUCACCACAGGAGAAGCUGCAAAGCGCUACCGCAAACGCUCACGCGGAAUGGUCAAGAAUCAAGCACCAGAUGUUUCGCGGGUAAAGCAAUUCGGACGUGAUUACUGGGUCCGCUACAUCUACGAAGCCAUUAUCGAUAUCUCGAAUAUAGACGACAGCUUGGUGUCAGUCCACCGCCGCCGCAUCGCGGAACGUUUAGCCCAUGACCCCUUGGACCUCGAAGCCUUGGCGCACCACAUCUUUGACUGCGCCAUUGCUGUGCACGAGAUUGGAUGGAACAGGUCGCUUGUUUACCACAAGAAAGCCAAGCGGGGAAAGCUUGUUGAUGUGGGCGAGAAGUGUCUGGAGAGGAGACUCACUCGUAUUUGUACGGUGCUGCAGCAGAAGAAGGCGACAGUGGAUGAUGCGUUGAGAGGUGGUAUCACGCUGCGGCUGCUGUGCGAUAACCCUGAGGCGAGGGCGUUUACCAAGAACUCGAACAAUGCAGGGAAUAAUAAGAGGGGGCAAAAAUUGAGGAAGUUGAAGGAGAUGGGUGUUGUGAUUCCUGAUAAGCCUGAGGUGCCCCAGGUGCCUGAGGAGCUUGAGGAGCUUGAGGGUUCUGAAGGUUCUGAGGACUCGGAAGAUUCGGAGGAUUCUGAGGAUUCUGAGUAA